AUAACUCCGACCCAAGGCAUCCAAGGAAGAGAGAGGAGGUCUGAAACUUUCCAUUUCCAUAGCCAUAAUCAAGCUCAAGCCAUAAGGAGGUCCAAGGAAGAAGAAAGAGUUAGAAAAGAAGAGAAAAACCUUGAUUAAUUAAGGAAUUUUACCAAGGUAUUCUGGACUUCUCAAGGAACCUAGGAGUGGCCGGAAAGUCGCCGGAGCCGCCGGAGGUUUCGCCGGAAAAUUCAAAGGUCGUCGGAGUUCAAACAAAGGGGAUAAAAACUCGCUAGCGUCAUUUCAAGGUUGAAGCUAGAGCUUACUUCCUGCACCCGUUGCUCGGGAGAUCAAUGGAGAGAAGACGUGGUUCGUGCUUCCUCCGGUUCUAUUUCUAAAUAAUUAAAUAAUGCUCAUGGGACUAUUUUGACUUAUAAAUUAAUGGAGCCUGCGAGCCCUUGUUUUACCCUUGUGUGGGUUCUUAUUAAACACUUAUAUUCCGCUAUGUGUUUGAUUGUAUGUUGAUGUUGUUAUGUAUGUUUACUAAUCGGUUUUGGCAUAUGUAUCUAUCGAACGUCUUGUGCAAUUCGGUAAGAAUGAACUGCGGUUAUUCUUAUUGGAUUGUACGACGGUUGUCCACGUGGCACAGACGCGGUCUGGGGCGUGACAAUUAAGUGGUAUCAGAGCCAAACGGUUUCUAAACUAUAUAGUCAACCUCUCAACAGAGUUUCUAUCAAAAUAGUUUUCAAUGAAAAACCAUGAGCAUAAGUUUUGUACUUUAAGAGCAUUUGGUUAUCGAGUUGCAAGGUCUCUGGUUGUUAAGAUGGGCCCCUUAACAAUUGGUAUGGCAGUGACUUGAGCCAAGUUGUGUCUUGAGUACGUUUCUGUCAAUCGACAUUCAAACGAGUCCAAAGACUCAUUCCAACAUAUUCUUUCAGGAAUGGGUGGUAGCGAUAGGGCAGUUCGAGGAAAUCCGAGAGGGCGCGCACCGGGGAUAGCCGGGCAAGCCAAUCGGGGGAUAUCAAGGUCGCGUAGAAGGCGAGGUAUGGGCAAUCAAGGCCCACGAACACGAGCCGCGAUGGCGGAUCACAAUGUGACUGAAUUCGAGUCGUGGAACUCGGAGGAUGACUCAACUUAUCACCCUGAAAGCGAGUCAGGUGAAACUUCUUUUGAGGAAAACAAGGAAGAGGACAUACAUAGUAUUCCUCCUGACCAGGUUAGUGAGAUGUACCGAUGGUACCAACUUGAAAGGGGAAGACAACGACAGGGAUCUCGGGAGGGACAUGUCAGAGGCGAGACCUCUCUCAGGAGGGGUCGGGGUGCUCAUAGAGCACAGGCUAGAACAGUCAUAAAUUCUGAUGGCGAAGCACCAUUCUUUAAGAUCUCAAAGUACCUCAAAGAGGCUAGAGCCUUGGGGUGCAAACCAUUUGAUGGGACAGAGGACAUAUCGGAAGCAGCCGAGUGGAUAAAAAGGUUAAAUGAUGCGGCUGAUGACAUGCAAGUGGUCCCGGAACGAAAGUUAAGGGUAGCCACUAGAUUAUUGGAGGGUUUAGCUUCUACUUGGUGGGAAGGCACCAAGGGUAAGUUUGACGGGGUUGUCACGUGGGACAACUUCGAGCAAGCAUUCUAUGAGCAGUUUUACACCUCUUUCGAAGUAAAUCGAAAGAGGAGGGAAUAUAUCGAUCUCAAACAGGGAAAUGAGUUUACGGUGAAGCAACUGGAACAAAGAUUCCGACAUCUGGCAAGGUUCUUGCCUGAGUAUGCCGCAAAUGAGAACCGAAUGGCAAACCAUUUUUGGAAUGCACUCAAUUUGGAAAUACGCGAAAGAGCGACCUACCAAUUCAACAUGACUUUUAGUCAAGUAGUAGCCCAGGGUCUCCAGGGGGAGGAGCUUUGGAAGGAAAGGCAAGCAAGGGAUGCAAAGGAAGCACAAGAAAGAGAUCAGGCGAUCAUUCACCCUCCACGACGAGAGGGGAAGUAUGAACUUCAGAGCAAGGGGAACUCUAACAAGUCAGUUCCGUUUUUCAGUGAGAGCCAGGACUUGGUAAGUCAAAGCUCAAGCACUCGAGGCACGGGGGCACCCAAAUGCGAGAAUUGUAGGCGAAGGCAUUACGGGAGAUGUCGAGAGCCAUCUAGAUGUUACUUUUGUGGAGAAACAGGCCACAUCAAGGUCCUUUGUCCUCAACGUACGUGUGAAGGAACAUCAGGAGCUAGAAGAGGGGUCACGGGGGUUGAAAACCCAACUAGGGUUGCCUCAAACAUGGUACCUUCUACAAGUCAAUGGCGAGCUCGCUCGUAAAGGCCGGGAAUGGCGGAAGCCAUUUGUUAGGCCCGACUAUGGCACAAGGUAUUAUUAAAUUAAACCUUAAUUUCCAUAAAUAUUUUUAUUUUCAAAAUUGUUAGCUUCAGAUAAUGAAGGGAGAAAUGUUUCUCAAAGUUCAAACGUUAAUUUCGGGGACGAAAUUCCUGUAAGGUGGGGUGAACUUGUAACACCGGACCCGAAUUUUACUGUGAGAAUUUUUUUUCAUCAAGUACUGGGUUAAAGAAGGUAAAUCAAGGCUAAGAGUAGUCUUGAUAAAUGAGAAAGUAAAAUUUUUGUCUUAAAUUAAUAAAGGAUUAUUAAUUUAGAUGUGGGGACCACUCAUGACAUUUCGAGUUUAUAAAAUAUUAAUGUUUAUCAAAAUGAUACUAUUAUGAUAGUAUGGAUGGUUCCUGGGCCCCGGUAAUAUAAAGAAUGACAACUAGACGGCCAAGCGGGCCGGUGUCACUAUUCGAUAAUUGUGAGUCCUUAAUUAUCGGACUGAUAAUAAUUCGGAAGGCUACAAAUUAAUAACAGAAGGAAUAUAAAUAUUUUAAGAACCCAAAACAUGGGAUGAUGGAUAAUAAUGAGCAACUUGACAUGUUAGAGGUGGGUACUUUUGGAGGACCCUACCUUGGAGAUAUUUUGUAUAAGAAUAAACAGAUAAGGUUUUAUCUGUUCAUACAGUUCGGACCACUUAAAAAUAAGUGUAACAUUUUAUUAAAGUGUCACCAGAUAUGAAACCACAUAUUAAGUAAUGAGAAAUGACGAGUGAAUUUUCGAGGCAACGCGUUCUCAUUUUUACUGUUACUUCAACAGUAAAAUACACGUUGGGCCCACACGUGGGCGGCGACCAUCCGAUAUUUACGGACCACAUAUUAUAUUCAUCUUGGUUUAGAUAAUAUUUAUAUGAUGGUGUAAAUUAAUGUUGAGCCAUAAAGUUGGCCUUUCAAUCAAACAAGGUCCCAUUAUCGGUAUAGUUAAUUAAUCAGAUAACAGUCCGAAAUAAAUUCUGGGGACCACUAAAUUGAAGUUGGGUAAUAUAUAUUCAUUUUAGAGUCCAAUAUUAAUUGGAAGAAUGACAUAUAUUUUACUUGACCCGAUAAAAUAAAAUUUAAUUAAAACAGUCCGGAAAAUACAACUUUCGGGACCGAAAAUACACUUUUGGACAUAAAGGGAUGACCUCCCACGUGAGUGGGGGCCACCCCACAAAAUAAUAUCAACCAAGUCGGCUGAUUGAGGGAGAGGGAGCUGUAGAGGUACAUGCAUGAAGGGAUUGGGGGACAAAGAAAUAAAGGAAAAGGGACCCCCCAUAUGAUUUUGAGUGAUAUGUCCAAAAUGACUUCCUUCACUCAUUUUCCUACCAUAACUCCGACCCAAGGCAUCCAAGGAAGAGAGAGGAGGUCUGAAACUUUCCAUUUCCAUAGCCAUAAUCAAGCUCAAGCCAUAAGGAGGUCCAAGGAAGAAGAAAGAGUUAGAAAAGAAGAGAAAAACCUUGAUUAAUUAAGGAAUUUUACCAAGGUAUUCUGGACUUCUCAAGGAACCUAGGAGUGGCCGGAAAGUCGCCGGAGCCGCCGGAGGUUUCGCCGGAAAAUUCAAAGGUCGUCGGAGUUCAAACAAAGGGGAUAAAAACUCGCUAGCGUCAUUUCAAGGUUGAAGCUAGAGCUUACUUCCUGCACCCGUUGCUCGGGAGAUCAAUGGAGAGAAGACGUGGUUCGUGCUUCCUCCGGUUCUAUUUCUAAAUAAUUAAAUAAUGCUCAUGGGACUAUUUUGACUUAUAAAUUAAUGGAGCCUGCGAGCCCUUGUUUUACCCUUGUGUGGGUUCUUAUUAAACACUUAUAUUCCGCUAUGUGUUUGAUUGUAUGUUGAUGUUGUUAUGUAUGUUUACUAAUCGGUUUUGGCA